AUGCUGCGAGGCGGACGGGGCGGGCAGCUCGGCCCGCACGGCCGGGUCAGAGGCCCGGGCAGCCUGCUGGCGUGGCUGAUGCUGGCCUCCGCGGGCGCUGCCUCCUGCCCCAAAGCCUGCUGCCCCCACGGCCCCUCGGGGCUGCGCUGCACCGGGCCCGGAGCCCUGAAAAGCCUCCGCUACCUGCCGGGCGCCGAGAACCUGACGGAGCUCUACAUCGAGAAUCAGCAGGAUCUGCAGCACCUGGAAUCCAAGGAUCUGAGGGGCCUGGGGGAGCUGCGAAGCCUCACCUUCGUGAAGAGUGGUCUCCGUUCCGUGGCGCCAGAUGCCUUCCACUUCACUCCUCUUCUCCGUCGCCUGAACCUCUCCUCCAAUUCUCUGGAGUCUCUCUCCUGGAAGACUGUCCAGGGCCUCUCUCUACAGGAACUGGUCCUGUCUGGGAACCCGCUGAACUGCUCCUGUGGCCUGCUCUGGCUCCAGCACUGGGAGGCUGAGGGGCGGGGCAGAGUUGCUGAGCAGAAGCUGCAGUGUGGGCAGCAGGAGCCCCUGGCCCUCCUAGCCAACAUCAGCUGUGGCGUGCCCAAGCUGAAGGUCCAGAAGCCCAACACAUCGGUGGAAGUGGGGGACAGCGUGGUGCUGCAGUGCCAGGUGCAGGGCCAGGAGCUGCAGAAGGUCAACUGGAUCGUCGGGGACCUGGAGGAGUCAGCCACGGUUGUGAUAUCCGAGGACCUGACAUCUCUGUGGCUGACCCUGAUCAAUGUCACCAGUGACCUCAACCGGAAGAACGUGACGUGCUGGGCGGAGAACGAUGUGGGCCGGGCGGAGGUCCCCGUCCAGGUCAAUGUCUCCUUCCCGGCCAGCGUGGAGCUGCACAAACCCGUGGAGCUGCACCACUGGUGCAUCCCCUUCUCCGUGGACGGGCAGCCGGCGCCCUCCCUGCGCUGGCUCUUCAACGGCUCCGUGCUCAACGAGACCAACUUCAUCUUCACCGAGUUCCUGGAGCCCGCGGCCAACGAGACCGUGCGGCAUGGCUGCCUGCGCCUCAACCAGCCCACGCACGUCAACAAUGGCAACUACACCCUGCUGGCCACCAACCCCUCGGGCCGGGCGGCUGCCUAUGUCAUGGCCGCCUUCAUGGACAACCCUUUCGAGUUCAACCCCGAGGACCCCAUCCCCGUGUCCUUCUCGCCAGCUGACAGUAACAGCACAGCGAAAGACCCAGUGGAGAAGAAGGAUGAGACGCCUUUUGGGGUCUCCGUGGCUGUGGGCCUGGCUGUCUUUGCCUGCCUCUUCCUUUCUACGAUGCUCCUCGUGCUCAACAAAUGCGGCCGGAGGAACAAGUUUGGGAUCAACCGCCCUGCUGUGCUGGCUCCGGAUGAUGGGCUGGCCAUGUCCCUGCAUUUCAUGACACUAGGUGGCAGCUCCCUGUCCCCCACUGAGGGCAAAGGCUCCGGGCUUCAAGGCCACAUCAUCGAGAACCCACAAUACUUCAGUGAUGCCUGCGUCCAUCACAUCAAACGGCGUGACAUUGUGCUCAAGUGGGAGCUGGGCGAGGGGGCCUUUGGGAAAGUCUUCCUGGCCGAGUGCCACAACCUGCUGCCGGAACAGGACAAGAUGCUUGUGGCUGUGAAGGCGCUGAAGGAGGUGUCAGAGAGCGCCCGGCAGGACUUCCAGCGCGAGGCGGAGCUGCUCACCGUGCUGCAGCACCAGCACAUCGUGCGCUUCUUCGGGGUCUGCACCGAGGGCCGCCCGCUGCUCAUGGUCUUUGAAUACAUGCGGCACGGGGACCUCAACCGCUUCCUCAGGUCCCACGGACCUGAUGCCAAGCUGCUGGCCAGCAAGGAGGAUGUGGCUCCUGGCCCAUUGGGACUGGGGCAGCUGCUGGCCGUGGCUAGCCAGGUGGCCGCUGGCAUGGUGUACCUGGCCGGCCUGCACUUUGUUCAUCGGGACCUGGCCACGCGCAACUGUCUGGUGGGGCAGGGGCUAGUGGUGAAGAUAGGCGAUUUCGGCAUGAGCAGGGAUAUCUACAGCACCGACUACUACCGCGCGAUUAGCAGCCUAGGGGCCCAGAGACCUUGUGUGACCUGCUGUGGGAGCCUGUCCCCAGCCCAGGUGUUCUCCUCUCUGUCUCCCGCGACUCCUCUCCUCCAGGCAAUUGAGUGCAUCACACAGGGCCACGAGCUGGAGCGGCCACGUGCCUGUCCACCAGAGGUCUACGCCAUCAUGCGAGGCUGCUGGCAGCGGGAGCCUCAGCAACGCCACAGCAUCAAGGAUGUGCACGCAUGGCUGCAGGCCCUGGCCCAGGAGCCUCCCGUCUACCUGGACGUCCUGGGCUAGGGGCCUGCCCAGGAACUGGGGACAGGGAGCUUCCAGGCUGGGGUUCCCCUGCUCUCAGCGACUCCCAUAGCUCCCAGCACCCCCCAGGGUGGUCGCCAAGCAUCUAACUCACCCUCAGCAUGCUGGAGGGGCUGGUGGGGGCCGGAAGUGGAGGAUGUCCCUGUUUCUCCAAGGCAGGGUUCCGCCAUGGCAAUUAUAUUUAUUAUCCCUUG